GAGGUAAAAAGUUUCAACUUCCGUUCGGCUUCCAGAAGAAUCUCGCUUUCUUGUUUAUGCUUGUUUUGUCUAUUGCGAUUAUUCUUGAACCAAAUCAACACUGCAUCGACACCAGAGAUCAGACUUAUAACCAUGGAUAAACCUCAAAUAAUUCUGCAUAUCCAAAAGUCGCUCAACUACACUCUCUUCGACGCCAAAUGGAUACCAUCCAGUGCGAAGUUCGUGGUCCUCGGUAACCAUGCACGCGGAACCGGUGCCAUACAGAUAUACGAGGUUUCACAUGGUGACGUAGCUCUUGUGAAAGAGGUGGAAAAGUCGAAAGGCUUUAAAUGUGGCACAUUCGGAGCCUCCAAACUACAAGAGAGAUAUCUGGCAACUGGAGAUUUUGAUGGGAAAAUGCACAUAUGGAAUCUUGAAAAACCAGAACUACCGAUUUACUCUGUGAAAGGACAUAAAGAAAUAAUCAAUGCUAUUGAUGGUGUUGGUGGUCUAGGGAUUGGUGAGGGGGCUCCGGAAAUUGUCACAGGAAGCAGAGAUGGUGCUGUCAAGGUCUGGGACCCCCGUCAGAAGAAUGAACCUGUGGCGACAAUGGAGCCGGGAGAGGGGCAAGAUAAACGGGACUGCUGGACAGUAGCAUUUGGUCAUGCCUAUAACCAGUCAGACAGAUGUGUUUGUGCAGGAUAUGAUAAUGGAGAUAUCAAGUUAUUUGAUCUAAGAAAUAUGCAACUGCGCUGGGAGAAAAAUGUAAAGAACGGUGUCUGUGGAGUUGAGUUUGACAGAAAGGAUAUCAGUAUGAACAAGCUAGCAGCAGCAACAUUAGAGUCAAAAUUCCAUAUAUUUGACAUGAGGACACAGCACCCCACGAAAGGAUUUGCUAGUGUGACAGAAAAGGCACACAAAUCAACCGUAUGGGGAGUGAAGCAUUUACCACAAAACAGAGACGUAUUCAUGUCCAUGGGAGGAAACGGUUCUCUUUACUUGUGGAAAUAUUCAUAUCCUGGUCAGCGAGUGGAAAAGGACAGUGAGGGGCGAGAAGGUGGAGUACCUGGCACUGUGAACCUUCUUCAAAAUAUCACCAUGACUACACAACCAAUAAGCUCUCUAGACUGGAGUCCUGACAAGGAAGGGCUCUGUGUGUGUACAGCAUUUGAUCAAACAUUACGUGUUUUGGUCGUCACAAAACUCAAUCGUGUGUGAGGAAGAUUAUUUAUAUAUGAAUAUUUAAGACUCAAGAUGUUGGUUACUGGAGAACUUCUCUGGAUUUUACCCAAAUCUGAAUUAGAUUCUUAUCUUAUCAGUUGGAUGUUAGCAUAAAUCCGAGUCAUUAUUAUGCUUGAGCCCAUUUCUGGCCAAUGUGAGUUGGAGGAAACUGAUACAGAGGGUUCACAAGAGUCACAGAGAAGAUAUUCAGUUCUAUCAGCAAUUCUUCAAUUAUAACUAUAAUUGAUGCAAGGGGGUAGUGCAGCUUAUGGAAAUCAUCAAACAACUGCAUUUUCCAAUAAGAAAAGUAAACCUGUUGGUUGCAGAGUUGCAUAGUGAUAUGAAAUAAGGUACUUUUCAUUCUCUGAGAGACCCUUACCAGUGUGAUGCAAUGGCCAUAGGCAUAUACAUUAUGUACUUGUGUGUAUAGACUUUUCCUAUGUGACUGAUCAUUUGUUUGUGAUAUGGUGCGAGGUGGCAUACAUUCAAAGCAUUACUA